AUGAGUGAGGAAGAACUGUGUGCUAUGCUUUUCCAGUUUUUAAUGGAGGACAGGUUUCUUAUAGUCUUGGAUGAUGUCCAAACUGUUGAUGUUUGGCUCAAGCUUGUCCGUCCAUUUGCUGAUGCCGCGAAUGGGAGUAGGGUCAUUCUCACUACUACUAACAUAGAUGUAGCAAAGCAAGCUGAUCCAUGGAGUUCUCCGCCUGAACCAAGUCCAUUAAUUGAGCAGGAGCCGGAUGCAAUUGUUGUUGGACGUAAAGAUGAGGUAAAGAAGCUUGUAUCUCGACUGAUCAAUCACAAUGAUGAUAGCCUCCGUGUGAUUUCACUGGUCGGUGAUGAAGCAGUUGUCGAUGAAGCAGUUGGCAAGACUGCUUUGGCAAGGAAUGUUUACGACAGACUAGAUAUUCGACAUCGUUUCCCAUGGCGAGCCUGGCUCCAUGUUUCCAGAGACCUGGAAUAUAAGGAUCUUUUGCUCAUCAUACUUAAACAGCUUCCAACAAGCGAAUUGAAGGACUUAGAUCUUAUGGGAGAGGAAGAAUUGUCUGAUAUGCUUUUCAAGUGUUUAAUGGAGCACAGGUUUCUACUUGUCUUGGAUGAUGUUCAAGUAGAAUCUGUUUUCAAGCUUUUCCGUUGUUUUGGAGAUGCUGAGAAUGGAAGUAGGGUUAUUCUUACUACUCGCGACUUCAAUAUAGCAAAGAGAGCUGAUCCGUGGAGUUCUUCACUCAAAUUAAGGCCAUUAACUAAGAAGAGUUGGUCAUUGUUCAUGAAGAAGGUAGGCAGACCAGAAUAUAGUAAAGAACUAAACAACCUCAGGGGAGAUAUUCUGAGAAUAUGUGACGGUUUGCCAGUAGCAAUCGCUCUGCUGGGAGGGGUUUUGUCAGCUUUAGAUUAUAAGGAGUGGUCAAGGGUGAUUGGGCUUGCUAAACAACGAAUAGGAAGUCCACCCCGUCUUGCAAAUAUCGUUGAUUUUGGCUAUGAUCAACUUCCAUAUGUUGUAAAGCCCUGUUUCCUUUAUUUGGCUCUCUUUCCUAAAGCCUAUGAAAUCCCCAUACGGAGGCUGUUGAAGUUGUGGCUUGCCGAGGGAUUUGUUCAAUCCAUACCUGGUGGGAGAAUCCCUGAAGAUGAGGCCAAAAUAUAUUUGGAAGAGCUAGUGUAUAGAAACAUGAUUGAAAUGGCAAAAUGGAAAUCAGAUGGAAGCCCCAAAACGUGUCGAAUGCCAACUUAUCUCUAUGAUGAUUUCUUGCCAAAGGCUAAUGAUAUAGGAUUUCUUCAUGUCCACCAUUGCAAGUCAGAAUGUAAAUCACCUGAGUCUUAUAUUCCUAGGCUUGCAGAUAAAUUUCGGGUGGAGUCUUCUACUUCGAAAUCUCACAUUCGACAGCUACGUUCCUAUGUUUCUUUCAACUCCGAGAAACGAGAUAAAUCCAACAGUGGAAUUGGUAAGUUUCUUAAAACAAUGAUCAAGAGAAGAGGUUUUGUCCUGCUGAAGGUGCUUGAUCUAGAGGGUGUCUACGAACCUUUGCUACCUAAGAAACUGGGUAAGUUGCAGAAUUUAAGGUACCUAGGCUUACGAUGGACUGGCCUUGACACAUGUCCAGAGUCUGUUGGGGAUCUACCAUGUUUGGAGACUCUAGAUUUGAAAUACACAAAUAUAACCACUUUGCCAAGUUCCAUUUGGAAGGCAAAGAAGCUUCGACAUCUCUAUAUGAAUGAGAUGUUCAUUCAGAAGCCACCAAAAGAGCCUUUAAUUAACCUUCUGACAUUAAUGGAGCUCCAUUUUGGUGCUAAUGGCCCCUAUAAAUAUAAACUGGACAAGUUCACUAGCCUUAGGAGAUUGGGGCUGACAUGCCAUUCAAAAUCAGCGGAGAAAACAGCCGAGUGUAUCUCAAAACUUACUAACCUUCAAACCUUAAAGUUGAAAUCAAGAGAUCCAUUUGGUCAACCUGUAGAGCUCGCGUUGGCGCCUAUGAAGGAACAUCGGACUCUCUCAAACUUACAUUUGUUUGGAGAGAUAUCGAAAGAGGAUCACAUAAGUAACGUUCCAGGAAACCUCAGAACUCUUACACUGUCGAUGUCAGGACUAGAAGAAGAUCCAAUGCCGAUGCUAGGGAAGCUGCUGCCUCAGCUGAACACCCUCAGGCUUUUUGCUCGCUCUUAUGUAGGGUCGAAAAUGACUUGUCAUUCUACCCACUUUCCUAAGCUUCGUGUCUUGAAAAUGUGGAAUCUAGAGCGACUGGAGCAGUGGGAGGUGGAGCAAGGUGCAAUGCCCCAACUUGUAGAGUUGGAAAUUAGAUGUUGCGAAAAACUUAAUAAGUCAGUUAAAUUAGAGAAGCUGGAUUCCUUGAAGUUGAAGGAGUUGAUUUUAACAAACAAGCCGCAGGAUUUUGUAGAAGAUAUUAGAACAAGGAUGGGCAGAGGAAUAUUACUCACGAACAAGUGGGAAUUUUCUACUUCACAUGUAAGUUUUCUCCGCCUUUAUUCUCUCUAG